GAGAAAAACGGCCAUGGUCUGACUUGUAUUCUGCCUUGUUGGCGGUUGCAGAUGAACAAAUCAGGAUGAAGAAAGAGCGAGAAAGGCAGCAGAAGGAGCUGAUUCAUCGCGAGGAUGAAAAGAAAGCAAAGGAAAUGGAGGAGUACAAUCCAUGGGGCAAGGCUGGGGCAGGAGCGCCGCUGCGGAAUACCGAAGGAAAGGCUGUGGGCAACCUCGCUGAAAUGAAACGAGAGGUAAUCCACUGUGCAUGCACACAUAGCCGCAGAUGCGUUUGAGGGCGCUGGUUGGGACAGUGGCUGAGCUGUCUGAAUUGCAUGCCCAACCAGGUUCUCGGCAGCCCGUUGCCGCAACUCCCUCAGUUCGGGACAAUGCCUCAAAAUCAACAGCUCCCGUUCUUGGGAAUCAACCAACCACUAAUAGCUCCGCAAAUGCGGGCCCAGCCCAUGGUUUUGAUGGAUCCGGGAAUUCAACAGCAGCCCAUGAUGGGAUAUCAGGGAAUAUUACCACCGAUUGCACCGACACUGCCAUUUAUGCAGCCGCAGGCCAGUUCUCUCCCACAGAUGCUUCCAGGUGUUGGUCUAUCCGGGAUCCAAGGAGGACCUUUGAUGGGCAUGGGGUACCCGAGCCCGGCAGUAAUGCAAGGCGGCAUCCCAUCGGCACCGAGCUUCCCGGGGAAUGUUUCCCCAACGCAAGGCAAAGAAAAGUCGUUUCUUCGUGGGCAGGUGGAUAUCGAGGCUCUACCGGACUGGAAGAAGGAUGAGCUCGCAAAGAAACAGAAGUCACAGCUGGAUGUGCAGGAUGCAUUGAGACAGCAAAUCCUGGAGAAAAAGGCAGAGAAAGAAAGGCUCGAGAAGCAGAUGAAAAUGGAAGAGAACAGAGAAAACCAACGCAUCAUGAAGGAGCAGGAGGAGCUGCGACUACGAUAUGCCAAAGAGGCAGAAGACGCUCGGAAAGCAAUGGAGGAAGCGGCCAUCGCCAACCAAAAAAUUAAAGCUGAGCGGCUCCAGAAGAAGCAGGCUGAUCAAGCUGCAUUGGACGAUGCAGAGGCAAAGGUCAAGGAGAAUACAUCCAAGCAAGCUUCGCAGAGCAGACUCGCCUACCCACCAUCCGUGAGCCCCGUUGGCUUGCUGCCACCAGCAUCGGUUUCGCCGUUCCGGUCCGCUUCCCCACCGAUACCAACGCUGCGGAAAAAGAUGGUCGAAGCCGAAGCUGAGAGCCAAGUCUCGGCCUCUGCCCCAUUGGGCACCGAUACACGCAAGGCAGAGACAGCGUAUGCAGGCCUCAGUCCGUCAGAGUCUCGGCCUGAGAAAUCGACAAAGCCCAUCGCUGGCACUCUCCGUGGCAGCAAGCCGUUGGCGGCUUCGGGUCCCCAGAAGAAGCUCAUGCCAAUCAACGACACGGAAGCGAUCCUGCAGCAGCUCUCGGCUCUGAAAAUGAAUCUCGAUCACGAGCAAAGCAAGGUUCGCACAGAGCUCUCACAAAGCCCAAAAUACUUUGCGGAGCACUAUCGCGAUUCGCAGACCACAAAUCCGAUCGCGAGCCGCCUUGCGGGCUCGUUCCCACCAGACAGCGCCAUGCAAUCACCGCGCGCUGGACCAGCAAUAUCCGAUCUGGGUAUCUCAUCCAAACCUCUGCACGAGCGCCAACGAGCCUAUCUAGAUUACCAGGAGCGUGAGCUGGCUCUCUUGCAGUCGAAAUCGCCUGUGGCGGUGUAUGCAACAGCCAUGGACGUACCUGCGUUUUCGCGGGUCUCCAAACAGGACGAUGUUGUGCUCGAAUCGUUCAUGCAGCAACAACGCUCGCGGCUUGGUGCGGAUGCCGAGUCCGAGGCCAUCAGUACCACGGCUCUGCGCCAAGAGAUUGAGCGGAAAUCGGCUGUGGUCCUUAAUGGUGCUCAUCAACUCGCUCCCACGAGUUCGACUUAUUAUAGUGACCUUGAGCGCAGUCUCGCACGGCAAAGUAACUCAACGGCUGCCAAUACGGGUGAUGUUGAUAUUCUUUCGACAAUUGGUGCGAGUACCCGAAAGCCCCAAGAGCGACCUCCAAGCUCGGCAUCGUCGUUCGACCUCGAAGCCCUUCAAAAAUUGAACGAAAUGCGGUUCAAGCGGCUGACCUCGGCGGAUGAAGAGCCCAGCAGAGGUCGCUGUGAAGACGAUGACAUUAUCUCUGCGUUUCUCCGAAGGGAAAAGGAGCUCUCAGGAAACCAAGAGAGGAUGGAUCGGCCACUCUCCCAGACAGAGUCCAAGUUCCAGAAUCUUAUAGUGGGACGAGCCGGAACCGGCAUCUAUCCCAAGUGAACUGGGCCGCCUGUCGCACGCACAGCUUUACUCGGGACUGGGCCUUCCCACACCCCUCCACAUCCCAAUACAGUGUCAAAACUGACAUAGGUAUAGCCAGCGCUGGUGAAAAACA